AGACGCCGCGCGCCGCUUCCUGUUGUCAGUGCCUUUGGAGCCGCAGCUUCUGCUCGGAACCGAGGGGGGUCUCGCUUCGCCCGGAGCGCCGCCACCUGCUCCUGAUCCCUUCGGUGUCAUGUGAGUCUCCCUCAGAGCUGCUGCCCGAGUGGAAAUGCUCUCAGUGGAGAAUGGCCUGGACCCUCGUGCUGCCAUCCAGGUCAUCAAGAAGAAGCUCGUGGGAUCCGUGAAGGCUCUGCAGAAACAGCAUGUGUCUCUGGACACAGUGGUCACCAGUGAAGAUGGAGAUGCCAACACCAUGUGCAGUGCCCUGGAGGCUGUGUUCAUCCACGGCCUGCAUGCCAAGCACAUCCGCGCCGAGGCUGGCGGCAAAAGGAAGAAGCACACUCACCAGAAGGCUCUGCCUCAGCCUGUCUUCUGGCCCCUUCUGAAAGCCAUCACCCACAGACACAUUGUCUCAGAUUUGGAGCACCUGGUCUUCAUCAACACAGAUGUAGGCCGUUGCCGAGCCUGGCUGCGGUUGGCCCUCAAUGACGGUCUGAUGGAGUGCUAUCUGAAACUGCUCCUGCAGGAACCUGCACGGUUGUGCGAGUACUAUCAGCCCACAGCCCUGCUUCGAGAUGCCGAGGAGGCUGAGUUCCUCCUGAGCUUCCUGCAAGGACUAACAUCCUUGUCCUUCGAACUCUCCUACAAGUCAGCCAUCUUAAAUGAAUGGACACUCACCCCAUUGUCGCUCUCUGGGCUUUGCCCCCUCUCUGAACUCGACCCUCUCACUACCUCUGGUGCAGAACUACAGCGGAAAGAGUCUCUGGAUUCAAUUUCCCAUUCCUCGGGCUCUGAGGACAUCGAAGUCCAACACUCAGGCCAUAAGAUCCGCAGGAACAGGAAGCUCACUGCCUCUUCCCUCAGCCUGGACACAGCCAGUUCAUCCCAGCUGUCCUGCAGCCUAAAUUCUGACAGCUGCCUGCUCCAAGAGAAUGGUCCCAAGAGUCCAGACCAUUCUGAGGAACCCAUGUCCUAUGACUCAGAUCUGGGCAUGGCAAACACCGAUGACCCCGACAGGUCUCUGCAAGAGGUGUUGUCGGAAUUCAGCAAAGCCCAGGUAAAUUCUGCACCAAGCAGCGGACCAAACCAAGAGCCAGACACCCCCAUGUUCCAGACGCCCCUCUCCCUCCAUAGCCUAGCUACCAGCACACACCUGCACUUUGAGGGAUCUGAAGAGCUCUUUCCUGCCCACAAAUCCUCUGGGACAUCAAGUGGUGGCCAUAAGCAUCAGCUACUGCCCCAGGAGACCCCAGACGAGAAGCAGCUAGGCACUGCCCAAGCUGGCCCUGCACAGAGCACUUCAGACCAGCAGCCUUCUAGUCCUGUGGGUGGAGCAGCUGGCCAAGGGAGUGGCCCUUGGAAGGCCCUGGAGUAUGGCAGAGUCGGACCGAAGCUUGUGGUUUCCUCUCCUACGAGUCCGAAAGGCAAGAGCUGGAUUUCUGAAGAUGACUUCUGCCGACCUCCCCAGGAGCCUGCUCUAAAGAGCGCUGCAGGUCUCUGCACAUCUCCUGUGCAAGACACUCCAGAGUCAAGGGCUGCUCUCCACGGGCCUUUUUCUCAAGGACCAAGAAAGAGCUGUUCCUUGGGGGCAUUAGACAAAGCAUGUGUGCCCUCACAGGCCUGUGGAAAUGCCCAGCCAGCUCCAGCCCCAGCUCCAGCUCCAGCCCCAGCCCCAGCCCCAGCUCCAGGGGUGACACAAGACCAUAAAAACUUCUGUGUGGUGCACCGAAGGCAAAUGGGGCUGUCCAACCCAUUCCGGGGCCUCAUGAAGCUGGGCACAGUGGCCCGGCGAGGAGCCAUGGGCAUCUGGAAGGAAUUCUUUUGUGAGCUGUCCCCGUUGGAGUUCCGCCUCUACUUGAGUGAUGAGGAACGCACCUGUGUGGAGAGCUGCUCCCUGCUCCGAUGUGAGGCUGUGGGGCCAGCACACAGUGAUGGACGUUUUGAGUUGGUCUUCUCGGGCAAGAAGCUGGCUCUCCGUGCCUCCUCCCAAGACGAGGCUGAGGACUGGCUUGACCGCGUACGGGAGGCUCUGCAGAAGGUGCGCCCUCAGCAGGAAGAUGAGUGGGUGAAUAUCCAGUACCCAGACCAGGCUGAGGAUGCCCCAGAGGCUCCACCAGACAGCCUCCCCCCCUAUUCAACUCUACUCCCCGAGCCUGCGGGUGCCCAGGGCAUGCAGUUGGACUGGACAUCUGCCCAGGUUCCAGAACCAGAUGCUAUCAAAGAGUCCCUUUUGUAUCUGUAUGCAGACCGGACCUGGGUCCCCUAUAUCUUUUCCCUGUCCUUGGAGUCUCUGAAAUGUUUCCGAGUGAGAAACAAUGAGAAGAUGCUAAGUGAUAGCCAUGGAGUGGAGACCAUCCGAGACAUCCUGCCAGACACCAGCCUUGGGGGCCCAGCCUUCUUCAAAAUCAUCACGGCCAAGGCCGUCCUGAAACUGCAGGCCAAAAACACCGAGGAGGCCACCCACUGGAGAGACCUGGUCCGGAAAGUGCUGGCAUCUUACCUAGAGUCAGCUGAGGAGGCUGUGACACUUGGUGGGAGUCUGGAUGAAAAAUGUCAGGAGGUGCUGAAGUUUGCUACCAGGGAGAACGGCUUCCUGCUACAGUACCUUGUGGCCAUCCCGACCGAGAAGGGCCUCGACUCCCAGGGCUGCUUCUGCGCAGGCUGCUCCCGACAGAUCGGCUUCUCCUUUGUACGACCCAAGCUCUGUGCCUUCUCUGGCCUGUAUUACUGUGACUUCUGCCACCAAGACGAUGCCUCAGUGAUUCCAGCCAGAAUCAUCCACAACUGGGACCUCACGAAGCGCCCGGUAUGCCGGCAGGCCCUGAAGUUCCUGGCCCAGAUCCGGGCCCAACCUCUCAUCAACCUGCAGCUGGUGAACGCCUCUCUGUAUGAGCAUGUGGAACGCAUGCACCUCAUUGGCAGGAGCCGGGAGCAGCUGAAACUUCUGGGGGACUACCUGGGCCUGUGCCGAAGUGGUGCUCUGAAGGAGUUGUGCAAAAGGCUGAGCCACAGGAAUUAUCUCCUGGAGUCUCCACACAGAUUCAGUGUUGCUGACCUCCAGCAGAUUGCAGAGGGGGUAUAUGAAGGGUUCCUCAAAGCCCUGAUUGAAUUCGCAUCCCAGCAUGUCUACCACUGUGACCUGUGCACCCAGCGAGGCUUCAUCUGCCAGAUCUGCCACCACCAGGACAUCAUCUUUCCCUUUGAGUUUGACACCACAGUCAGGUGUGCUGAAUGCAGAACUGUCUUCCAUCAGAGCUGCCAGGCUGUGGUGAGGAAGGGCUGUCCCCGAUGUGCCCGCCGGCGCAAGUACCAGGAACAGAACGUUGUCAGUUAACCCCGCUGUCCCAACUUUCUGGGGCCAUCCAUCUGGGUCUGUCAUUGGCCUAGGCUUCCUCUUCUCCCUAUAAGGAAGACUCUCGGGUGUGCCCAGAGCUCCAGCCUACCGAGAAGGCGCAGGAAGUCCCAGUGAUGCCCGAGGCCCCUCACAACCCUUCUGCUCCAAGAGGGGAUCCAGCAGGUGCCUCUGCCCAGGGCCUGGCUUCCCCGGCUGUCAUGGCUCCUCCGUUAGGGCUGUUCAUGUGUACACUGUGGGAACGAAGCCUGGUGAGCAUUGCCACCAUGCUCCUGAGUAAAGGUCUAGUUUUUUUAAGGCAGGUUUUUUCCCCCUUCAUAGUUAAACAGAAAAUAUUUUUUUAUUCUUGACCUACCCAAGUCACCCAAGAAAUACAACCCUUCGCCCGACCAGAUGGGUGAGAGCAGCCCCAGCCCAGGCAGGCAUGGAGCUGGGUGGACAGGCCUCUGCUGGGUUAGCCUAUCUGGACUGGGUGCUUUGCCUCUGCCCUUUCUGGCACAUACUGCCAAGAGUGCAAGUGUCAUGUGCCAAAUGGCCUGUCAUUGUGAGGCUGGGUUCUGUGGCCACCUUUCCCUCCACUCCUCACGUUCUCACCUGUAAAGCGUCCCUCCCUCUGUUGGAGCUCUUGGCUUACCUAAUAGCUGUGAGUACAGCACAGCAGGAGCAGGGGGUGACCAGCACCAGCACUGUCAGCACUUUGAGCCUUCCCUGCUCAGGAAGGCCAUGACCUUGCCCACCUCAUCCCCAUGCCCCCUUACCCUGCAGGGUAGAGUAGGCUAGAAACCAGAGAGCUCCAAGCUCCAUCUGUGGAGAGGUGCCAUCCUUGGGCUGCAGAGAGAGGAGAAUUUGCCCCAAAGCUGCCUGCAGAGCUUCACCACCCUUAGUCUCACAAAGCCUUGAGUUCAUAGCAUUUCUUGAGUUUUCACCCUGCCCAGCAGGACACUGCAGCACCCAAAGGGCUUCCCAGGAGUAGGGUUGCCCUCAAGAGGCUCUUGGGUCUGAUGGCCACAUCCUGGAAUUGUUUUCAAGUUGAUGGUCACAGCCCUGAGGCAUGUAGGGGCGUGGGGAUGCGCUCUGCUCUGCUCUCCUCUCCUGAACCCCUGAACCCUCUGGCUACCCCAGAGCACUUAGAGCCAGGGGCCUCAGGUGGAAUGGAGGGUCUCCCUGGAAAUGUGCCUGUCCUGUCUAGAGGAGGUUACCCCACCCUCCCUGAGGUGAAUGAGCUGAGUCACCUGAAGCUUGAAUUGUGCAAUAAAACAUAGGAGUAGGAAGGCAGAUGGCAGAGGCUGCCAAGAGUUCAUCUGUCCGUCAUGGAAGACAGCGCUCACCAGUGGUUGAAACACCAAAGCCCCCAGAACCACCCAGUGUAUCUCUAUCUGCACCCCCGAGCUAGCAUUAACACGUCCCCCAAACUACAACCUGAUCAGAGCCUCCUUUCCUUGUUUUGGGAUCCUGAAUGGGCAAGAGUCUGUCCCCUGUGGGCCUGUCACAUGAGGGUAUUCCAGAACCUGUCUAGGAGAUGGAGCCCUCCCAGUGUCUGGGCUGCGAGCAUAAGAGCUGGCCCUGUCCUUGACUAAGCGACUGACUGACUGCUCAAGUGAGAGACUUGCCCCCACCAGAAGAGUGCUCACGUGAACCUCAGCAGUGCCCACACUAUUGGAAAAAAUGCUAUUUUAUGCAAUAUUCUGACAAGUGAGCCUUGGCAGUGCAGAGGAGAAACUGCUGCUGUGUGGUAUUUGAGUGAUUUUGCAGUAAAGAGCUGGCCUUUCUAAGCAGUCUUGUUUCUGAAUCUCAAUCAUUUGGCUCUGGGGAAACACUACCUGGCUCCCCUUAGUCCUAUGCACUGAGCAUUUCAGGGUCCAUGGAGCACACUUGCCUGACCAAGCAGCGAGGGAGAAGAGGUAAGUGAGGGAAUGUAGGCUGCGGGCGCAGGUGGGUGCCUUUCUCUCUCUCUCUCUCUCUCUCUCUCUCUCUCUCUCUCUCUCUCUCUCUCUCUCAAACACACACACACACACACACCCUGUAAAAGCAGGACUCUGGGCAUGGAGAGAGGCAAACAAGGAAACCGGGCCCUGGCACCUACACUCACGGAUUAAAGACUCCAGAGGCCUGUCUACUGCUAGCCUUCCCCAGGAGCUCCAGGAGAAGCCCCCACCCCCACCAAACACCCCCACCCCCCACUGCCCCUGUUAGGACAAAAGAAGGAAACAGAUUAAUUCCUAGGGAAACCAGGUUGCAGAAAAAUGGGACAGAAAAAGACAACAUCCAGGGCUUCGUUUCCUGGCCUUGAGCGCCCUCAGCCAGUGGGUGGGUGCUCCUUGGCCAUCUUUGAGGCAGGUUCUCAGGGCUCAGAGCAAAGGGAGAGGAACUGGAUUUGGAGGUUGGGGGUGGCAGGCCCGGGGGAGGCGCCUGGCACUUGCGCUGCUGCUGCUGCUGUCUUUGGUUGUCUUUCCACCUUCAGCACAGUGCCUCUGAGGGCAGUUUCCCCUUUCCCCUGUCUAGAGGGGGAUGGGCAAACUGGAGUUCUCAUCCCCAGAAAGUGCCUCCUAUAAUGAAAGGAACAGGUUAAUAAAAUACAUGCGCUCACCA